AUGAAGGAAAGUCUUGCUCAUUCCACGAGGCUCCCAGUGUCCAACCGGAAGACAUCGAUAGCCAUGGUCGCCAGCUGCAUCGAAUGCCAGGCAAACGAGAUGUCAGAAGCGCGCAGGGCCCCUCGCUGGCACCUGGUUGGUGCGGGCGUCACGCUGCUUGCGAUCGCCGGCGCGGCCGCAGCGUGCUCGUCCUCUGGGGCCCUGCUCUCUGCUUCCGCUGAGCGCAGAGGCGCGGUUCAGGAUUGGGAGGAACUCCCAGGGAUGGAGAAGCUCAUGAAGAAGGCGCAGUCCUUGACCAACUUGCCCACCAAGCACCCCUGGAUCCGUUCCGAGUGCACGAUCGACACCGUUCAGGCGGUGGCCUACCUGGGCCAGGCUGUUGUGUGCCUCUACAAGGCCAUCGAUUAUGCUGGCCUCGAGUGUCCUGACAACUCUGCAGAGGGCUGCGCCACCAGCAUCACCGGCUUUGUCACAUCCAUCGCCUGGAUUGCCUCGUACUUGUCAUUCGCGGCCAGCGCUUGUGGCCAGGCUGUGAAUUCGGGCGCGCUCUGCGCAGGUGACUUCACAGCUCUCAUGGCCAACUUUGGCGAGAUGGCGACGGUAGCUGCAGCGGUGACGGUGGACUGCGACUUCGACAAGAGCGCGAUCACGGCCCUCAUAAAGCCGGAUCCGGUCGCCCCUCCACGGACGCAGCUCGUCCCGAGCGGCGCCGGACCCGAGGCCGAGAAGAUCCUUGCGAUCAAGAAAAGCCAGGAGGCCAGCCGCAACAGGGACUUCGACAUCACGCAGUGCGUCAUGGAUGUAACCAACUCUGCCUCCUACAUCGUGCGAGCCAUCCUUCAGAUUCGGACCGCCGGCCGUGCCUGCCCAGACCCUAGAGCAUGUGCUGUGGGGAUCAUGAACAUCAUCUCAUCCUUCGCGUGGAUCUCCCAGUUCACGGCCUUGGCUGGGGCGGACUGUCAGGUGGUGACCGAUCAGAGAUCACUUUGCGCAGCCGACAUAUCUGACAUGGUUGCGGCUGUGACCAAUGGCCCUGCGGCCGGCAUCAGCUCCACUUCCGACUGUGCGACGUCAAAAAGCAGCUUCCGACGCUUGCGCUCCGACAUUGGGAGGACUUCUGCCUAG